GCUUGCGGCUGUGAGUGGAUGAACACAUGCUGUGGCGGAGAAGUGCUUAACUCCAAGCAGAUAUUUGGUGGCGGAUUGGUCACUGUCUGGCCAAAGGGAUACUGCCUGUCGAUCGGUCGGUCGGUCGGUUGGUUGGUUGGUUGGUUGGUUACGGUUUGCCACCCUCUGCUUGGAGAUUAAAGCAGUCCGGAUCGAAGCCGGAUCAAAUCGAGUAGAUGACCAAAGAUCAAAGCGAAUCUAUUCUGCUCGAUCCGGCCAAUUCUUUCCUAGUAGGAAAAGGAAGGCCCGCGGGAAGCGAUGAUGCGGACGAAUCAGCUCACCUGGCUGCCAGACGGCAGCUCUUUGAUUGUUGGCAGAGCUUCGGAAUCAAAUAAUAGCCAGGGACUAGAAGUGAUUUAGGCUUGAUAGGAGAGCGGCGCAGCGGAGCAGUCUACCCACACAAGAUUGCUGAACGCAGGGGCGGAGCACGCUAAUUGUGAAAUUACAUGGAAACCACCCGUAGCGAUCUCGUGAAUGGUUAUGUUCGCGCAGGCAUUUGUGCAGUCCCUGUCGUGUCUCCCGGUCCCUGAGACAUCCCCUGCGAGCCAACGCGACAGAGAUGAGCCGACCGAGCGACAGCCACGUAAUCAGCAUUCCGGAGGCAAGGACAGCCACCGCCAUGGACGACGCAAAUUCCUUCUUCUUCUCCACUUCGGAACAUUCUUCCUGCUACGAGUUGCCGUCGAUACACAACAUCGCAUCCUUUAACAGUGACAGCGACCCGUCUGUCAACGAACUUGGAUACUCUUCAAACGAAAGCUGUUUCUCCGUGCACAAUGUCACUGCCACUUGUCUUGAGGGGCAAGAAUCACAGAAGCCGUGUGGAAGCACACUUUCCCGCGACGCUGUCAGCGAUGGGCCGCCGUCGGGCGCCACCACUACUACCGGUACCACACCGACGUCUACAUCGUCCACAUCCGCCGAUCCACAGUGCGACCUCCUGAUGUUUCUCAACGUGGCAUCAAACAGCAUCAUGCGGACGCUGGAAAAACCGCGGCGUCUGGCGGGACUGAAGAAGCGGAAGGUGAACCACCGCAGAUUCAUCGAGAAACAGCUCCACAAGAAACACAUGGCCUACCCCCAGUUCCACUCCAAGGUCCGCAGCGUCAAGUCCAAAGAGUUCAAACAGAUGAGAGCGAAUCACUCUGUCUCCAGUACCACACCGUCCUCCAGCGUUCCCUCCAUCAACCCCGCCAUCUUCAACAAUAACUUCAUAGACUGUCCUGGACCAGAGCGGCAGAACCAACACUGGGAGUGCUUCCAAAACGACCACGCCUUCCCUGCCGGUCAGCUGCUGGACCCUGACCAGCUGUGUGACCCGCUGAAUUCCGACAUGUCUUUCGAGUCCGACUCUUUGGAGCUUUCCGACGAGGCCAUCGACAACCUGAUGCGGCUGUGCGACAUGGUGAGCGCCGGCAGUGAUGACGUGCCGCCACAACCGUGCGACUUCACCGGCUUCGACUCGUUGGCAGCAGACUCGAGCAGCUCCAAUGACUCCCUGUCAGAAUUCUCCAUGUUCUUCGACUCUCCCCUCGGGACGCCAAGCAGCGGGGAUUUCUACGGUCUCGGCUCAGACUGCCCGCCCUUUGGCGCCGCCAACCCGCCCGAGAUAAGCUCAAUCCUCGACCAAACCACCGACGGCAUCCUCCACACUUCCCCAACCUCCGCGUAUGACCAAAACACUCCAGACUGUGACGGACUAUCCUUCCAAAUGCUGACGGAAGACAGCUACAGAAAACUGCCGGCCUGCAUGUACGACCAACGCGCAGGCCACGACUUGGAAAAAACAAUGAGUGACACCAACGUGCAAGAUGUGAUGAUGCAACAAGAAGUGGGACCAGAUAUCACAUCAUUCAGCCUAGAGGAUAUAGGGUUGCCCUUCCUGUUCUAGAUGUGCAAUAUUUCACUGCCACAUUCAGUUUAGAAAGGACGGAUUGUGGUUAUAUAGAAAACGGGUCGAUACAAAACGGGAAAGCUACGCGGACACUUGAAAUGACAAGUGUUAUUUCGAUUCAUCUGUAACUUACACAUCUACUGUGUCAUCUUUGGUUGAUGACAUUAAGGUUAAUUAAGGUUUAAGACACAGAGGUCUUACAAAUUGCACUCAAGAAAGUCGUUUGAUUUUGUGUUGAAAGUGCUGCAAACAUUCAGGUAAUUGCUGAUGGUUUCCAUGGUUACACAUGGCUGUAAGGAUGUUUGUGUUGAUCUAUUUAUUUAUUUAUCGAGAUUUACCACAUUGUGGAGUAUGUAUGUAAUUGUGUAAUACCAUCAAUUAUCAUUUAAGACUUAAUCAGAUAAAAACAUGGUUGUUCGUGUUGUUGCUAUGUUCAUCACUGAAUAUGAAAAUGUUGCAAUAUUUAAGUUUUUGCAAUGAUGAAAGUGUGUUUUUUUAGCUCUCCUAUUGCUCGCUAUAAGACUAGUAAUGUAUGAGAGCGCUACCAAACAAAACAGUAUCUUAGAAAUGGAUUAGAGAUUAGAACCUGGGUCUUUCUCACCUAAUGCCUUUUAAUUCCAUUGUAUAAUUGGGAAGAUGCUGGGCUAUCACACCAAUAAACACUGUACAUCUGUAUACAUGAACCUUGCUUGAUGCUUCAAUGUAGCACCUUGUACCUGCAAGCUACGCUGGUUUCCAGGAAACUGAUUAGCGCUGUCCUAAACAGAUUUACACCUACGAGUCACACACGAAACAGACCAAUAUGUAAGAAUAUCCAUGCUACUAUUUGUGACAGCAUGAUACCAAGCAGUGCUUUAAAAGUGAAAGUUCAUCCCCACUGUUCGUUAACUCCCAAAAUGGUGUU